AUGACAGCGGGAACAGUUGUCAUCACUGGUGGAAUUCUAGCAACUGUGAUCUUGCUCUGCAUCAUUGCUGUCCUAUGCUACUGUAGGCUCCAGUACUACUGCUGUAAGAAAGAUGACUCUGAUGACGACGAGGAAGAGGAAGAAGGACACGAUCACUCUGCUCCAACAAGAUUUUCCACCUGCAAUUCCUGCAACUCCCAAGUCCUGGAUGGACAGGGUGACCUGGCACCCCUCCCCAGUGAGCCCUCCGACCAGCAUCGAGGUGCUCAGAGCCACUGCCCCAGUUGUGCCCCCUACAGCUCCCCCUUUUAUAUUCGGACAGCUGACAUGGUCCCCAAUGGUGGGGAGAGGCUCACCUAUACUCCCACUUGCUACAAGGAGUUGGGGCCCCCACCCCUCAAUAUGUCAUCGCUCCAGAGUUUCCCGGUGACCCGACCAGGCCUUGGACGUGAGGCCUUUACCAAUCCAAGGGCUAUUAGUACAGAAGUAUAA